CUCCUAUGUUCACCAAAAAAAAAAAAAAAAAAAAAAACCAAAAGAACCAAAACAAAGAAGCCCCAAAAUUUUAUAAAAGGAAAGAGCGUUUCCUUUUUCAGACAAUCAAGUGAAAACUCGAAAUUAUCAAAACCUCGUUCGUUGGUUCUUAUCCGAACUCUCCAUUUAAGCUUUACCGUUGUAGCAAAAUCAGCUUCUCUUUCACUUUGUUGAAGCAAAUCCACCAGGUUGAAUUCAUUAUAUGGAUAUUAGGAAGUGCAUAUCUCCUACUGUUGCACCUUCUCUUACCAUGGUGCCUUUGAAAUUUUCAAAUAGGCUGCAUGAGAAGGCUCAACCUGAAAAAGAACAGGGAGCUACUGGUCAGGUUGUUGAGUCUGGAGUUGAUAUAGACCUUAGAGAAAUUUACUUUUUGAUUAUGCAUUUCCUGGCCUCUGGUCCAUGCCAGAGGACUUUUGAGCAAUUCUGCAAUGAACUUUUAGAAAAUCAACUUCUUCCUAGAAGAUAUCAUGCCUGGUUUUCAAGGAGUGGUGCACACAGCGGGGAUGGCGAUGAUGAUGGCAUCUCUUUUCCGUUGAGCUACCAUAAUCUAGUGGAGAGGUAUCCUCACAUUGAGAAGGAUCACUUGGUAAAGCUUCUGAAGCAACUAAUAGUGAGUGCGGCCCCUCCUUUGCUUGGCAAGGUUGGAGGAAACACUCCCAAUGCAGCUGAUGUUCCUACGUUACUGGGAACUGGUUCCUUUUCGCUUCUGGAUUGUGGUAGGAAUAUGGAAACCAAGCAAGUUAAGCCUUUGCGAGCUUACCUACGAUGGCCACACAUGCAGGCUGAUGAAGUUCGUGGGCUAAGUUUAAGGGAAAUUGGAGGAGGAUUUACCAAGCAUCAUCGUGCUCCAUCUAUUCGCUCUGCAUGUUAUGCAAUUGCUAAACCAUCAACCCUGGUGCAAAGGAUGCAAAAUAAGAUGAAGCUAAGGGGGCAUCGUAAUGCUGUCUACUGUGCCAUUUUUGAUAGGUCAGGACGAUAUGUAAUCACUGGUUCUGAUGAUCGUCUUGUCAAGAUUUGGUCAAUGGAUACAGCAUUUUGCUUGGCUAGCUGUCGAGGACAUGAAGGUGACAUUACUGACUUGGCUGUAAGUUCAAACAACGCUUUAGUGGCAUCUGCUUCAAAUGACUUUGUUAUUCGAGUUUGGCGUUUGCCAGAUGGAAUGCCGAUUUCAGUUUUGAGGGGGCAUACUGGAGCUGUUACUGCUAUUGUAUUUAGUCCCAGGCCAAGUGCCAUAUACCAGCUUUUAUCGUCAUCGGAUGAUGGGACUUGUCGAAUCUGGGAUGCUCGGUAUUCCAACCUCAAGCCACGAGUAUACAUGCCGAAACCUUCAGACAUUCUAAAUGGGAAGAGCAAUGGUCUGUCAAGUAAUGGAUCCUCCUCAAGUAAUGGUCCACAGAGCCAUCAGAUACUUUGUUGUGCUUACAAUGCCAAUGGAACUGUUUUUGUUACUGGUAGCUCUGACACUUUUGCAAGGGUUUGGAGUGCUUUUAAAUGUACCCAAGAGGACCUGGAUCAACCGGUACCUGAGUUGGAUGUGUUGUCUGGCCAUGAGAAUGAUGUCAAUUAUGUGCAAUUCAGUGGUUGCGCUGUUGCCUCAAAAUCUUCGAUGGCCGACUCUUUGAAGGAGGAGAAUAUUCCAAAGUUCAAAAAUUCCUGGUUUUGUCAUGACAACAUAGUUACCUGUUCUCGUGACGGCAGUGCAAUUAUUUGGGUUCCAAGACCACGUAGAUCCCAUGGAAAAGUUGGACGUUGGACACGGGCUUAUCAUCUAAAAGUUCCACCUCCUCCAUUGCCUCCACAACCUCCUCGAGGAGGCCCACGCCAGAGAUUUCUUCCAACCCCCCGUGGUGUUAAUAUGAUUGUAUGGAGUCUGGAUAACCGCUUUGUGCUUGCAGCUAUCAUGGAUUGCAGAAUAUGUGUUUGGAAUGCUGUUGAUGGUAGCUUAGUUCACUCUUUGACAGGUCACACUGAAUCUUCAUAUGUUUUGGAUGUUCAUCCUUUCAAUCCCCGGAUAGCUAUGAGUGCUGGGUAUGAUGGGCGAACUAUUGUUUGGGAUAUUUGGGAGGGCACACCCAUAUGGACCUAUGAAAUUGGACGUUUUAAGUUGGUUGAUGGGAAGUUUUCCCCGGAUGGGACAUCAAUUGUACUUUCAGAUGACGUUGGCCAAAUAUAUUUGCUAAACACAGGUCAAGGCGAGUCCCAAAAAGAUGCCAAAUUGGACCAGUUUUUCCUUGGGGACUAUCGCCCCCUUAUCCGUGAUUCUUCGGGAAAUGUUCUUGAUCAGGAGACUCAGCUUCCUCCACAUCGCAGGAAUGCUCAAGAUCCUCUUUGCGAUUCAAGUAUGAUGCCAUAUCCGGAACCCUAUCAGAGUAUGUUUCAGAAACGUAGACUUGGUGCAUUGGGCAUUGAGUGGCAGCCUUCAUCAAUAAAAUAUGCUGUUGGUCUAGAUUUCGGUCCUGCUCAGGACGAUCAUAUGCUGCCCUUGGUAGAUUUGGAAAGAAUGAUUGAGCCACUACCAGAGUUUAUAGAUGCCAUGUACUGGGAACCAGAAAAUGAAGUCAUAAGUGAUGAUACUGAUUCAGAGUACAAUGUUGCUGAGGAAAAUUCCAGCGAAGGUGACCAUGGAAGUAUAAGUGCCAGCUCUUCUAGUGAUCCAGAGUGCAGUGCAGAAGACAGUGAGGUUGAACACAGUCAUAAAGAUAGCCUUCGCAGAUCGAGAAGGAAAAAACUCAAAGCUGAAGUUGAGUUAAUGACUUCUUCUGGGAGGCGAGUCAAGAAAAGGAAUUUGGAUGAGUGUCAUGGCACUAUAUCAGGGAGUAACAGAAUGAAGAAAUCAAGAAGUAGUCGGAAAGUUUCAAAGAGGAAGUCUUCUAAAGCUAAGAUUAUGAGACCCCAGCGAGUUGCUGCACUCAAUGCCCUGAAUAUGUUUUCUCAAAUCACUGGAACAUCAUCAGAUGAAGAAGAUGAAAAUGGGUCAGAAAAUGAUUCAUCAGAUAGCGAGUCAGUGCUCCAAGAUUCGGACAUCCAAAGCAAUGAGUCUGAUGCAAACUUGCAGAAUAUGCAACAGAAAUGUACUAAAGAGGAACAUUCAUCAUUGGAUGAGUUAACUGAUGUAGCCAAGCUUCGAGCAUCUUCUGAAUCUCAAUCAAUUGUUGGAAACAAGCGAAGAUUGGUCCUAAAGUUUUCACUUCGUGAUUCUAAGAAGCAUGUGUCUCCAGAAGACACAAGAUUAAAAUGUGACAAUGAGGCUGGUUUGGUUAAUCCAUUCUCUAGAUCUCAAGAAGCCACUCGAGAAGACAGGACAGAUCAAAGCUCCAUAGAUCCAAUGUCAUCUUUCACUGAUAUAAUUGAUGUGGAGCUUUCCCAGACUAGAAAUGAUUGCAUGGAUAGAGUGCAACAUGGAAAGGCUGAAGAUCAUUUGGAGGCAUGCACAGGUGAUGAGGAGAAUAAGAAGAGGUGGGGAGAUGUCAUGCCCAGAGAUGCAUCUACUGAACUGAAUGCAAAUUUUGAUGUCCAAAAGGAAAACAGCACUGAAGUUAAUGGGGAUGAGAAACAGUUUGGAACUGACAGGUCACAGAAUCUGGACACUGCAAGAAAUAAAGAUCAUGCUUAUCCUGAUGGUGCACUCAUAUCUGAGUCAUUAUUUGAGUCAUUACUCCCAGGUGACCACCAACCAAAAGCCGAUGCUUCUACGGCCUCAUUUAAUGGAAAUUUCAACACAGGGUACAUAGACGAUUCACUGGAAAUAAAUAAAGUUGUUGGCACAAACCACUCAAAUGAACCAAAAGAAGAUGCUCCACUUAGGUCAACAAAGUUAAUAAUUAAGACAAAGAAAAGGAUAGUGAUGGAUCCCAAAACUCCUUCCAAACUGAAAUUUGUUACUGCUGUGGAAGACCAGUCAAGUGCUAGAGGUGUUUUAAAACCAGAAAGUCAACUGUACAGGGAUCCCAAUCUAGUUUUGAAAGUACCAGAACAGGGUGAAGCUACUGGCAGAUUACGGCAUUCAUAUUCAGACAUUAGGAUGUCUGAUGCUGCUUAUGGAGAUGAAAAUACAGCUGUUAAUGACCAUCAUGAUUUGGAAACUGAUGUCAUUGAAACUUCUACUGAUGCAAUACGUAGAACAAGAUCCAUGAAGAUGAAAGCAACUUCCCGGGAUCCAAAUGCUGUGAACCGAAACUUUAAGGUGCGAAGGGGCCACACAUCAGAGGGCACAUCUAGAAAUGCAGAAAACCUCUCCUUGGAAUUUUCUGGCCAGCUUCUUCAAAGAUCAAGAUCUACAAGAUAUCAACGUGGUGGAUAUAAUGAUAAUGAACCAAGUUUUUCCACUCGAAGAAAACCAAAUUAUUCUGUCAGGAAAUUAUCGUGGCUUAUGUUGUCAGAGCAUGAGGAGGGCUACCGUUAUAUUCCUCAGCUAGGCGAUGAAGUUGUAUAUUUGAGACAGGGCCAUGAAGAGUUUCUAGAAUCAAGUGACCCACGGGAAGUAGGUAAUAUGAGAUCAAGAAAUAGAAAUUUGAGUGCUGUGGAAAUUUGCAGGGUUGAAGCCCUUGAUUACGGCUCACAACCAGGUUCUGGGGAAAGCUGCUGUAAAAUCAAACUUAGAUUUGUAGAUCGCUCUUCUGUUGGGUUUGAUAAAACGUUCAAAUUGGUUCUGCCUGAACUGAUUGAUUUCCCUGAUUUUGUUGUUGAGAAAACGCGGUAUGAUGCUGCUAUUGGGAGGAAUUGGACUCAUAGGGAUAAAUGCCUAGUUUGGUGGAGAAAUCCAAAUGGGGAAGGUGGUAAAUGGUGGGAAGGUCGAAUUACUUUUUCGAAGGCCAAAUCUGAAGAGUUUCCUGACAGUCCUUGGGAAAGACAUGCUGUAUGCUACAGGAGUGAUUCUGGAGGUAACCAUCUACACUGUCCUUGGGAACUGCACGAUCCUGACAAUUCAUGGGAGCAUCCCCAUAUUGAUGACAACAUAAGAGAUAAGCUCCUGUAUUAUUUUGCUAAAUUGGAGCAGGCAGGAAAUAAGGAUGCUUACGGAAUUGCAAAAUUGAAUCAAGCUGCUCUGAAGUCAGAAUUCUGUAACAGGUUUCCAGUUCCGUUGUACCCCGAACUCAUUUGCUUGAGGUUAAAGAAUGACUACUAUCGGAGCUUGGAAGCUGUGAAACAUGAUAUAAGAGUGAUGCUGUCCAAUGCCGAGUCUUACUUCCCAAAUUCUGAGCAGGGUAGGUUGAAGCGCCUGUCAGAUUAUUUUGACAGGAAAUUGUCAAAGUUGUAGGAAUGUUAAACCCAGCGAUAUAUGUCUAUGUGUAUAUUGGGCCGGAGGCCUAAUCCGAGGACAUGAAGUAGUCCGAGGAGGGGCGAACAUAAUCAGAGGAGUUCGUGUUAGUAAGUGAAGUGGAUAGUUUUGAUCAUAUGGGUCCAUGAGGGUGGUCUGAGGAUGAAUCCCUCCUCGGUUGAGCAAAACCGAGGUUCGAAGUGGUGGUCUAUCAUCCAGGGUAACGUUCCAAGGAAUUCUAUUGAUAUGGAUAAGUAUCACAGAGGUACAGAAUAGAGGAAAGUCCUAAAAUAUCUAGAGAGAAAAUUGCUACCUUCGUAUUAAAUACUCUACACCUAACCAAUUGACUGCAUUAAUGUGGAGGUGAUACUUAAACAGUAAUUUUCAGCCUUACAACUACUAACAGUGAUUUCAGGAAGGUGUUGAUGGGACAAGGAUCAAAUACCAGCAAUCUGCCUUACACUUGGAGGGUAAAGAGAAAAGAAGGAAGAUAGUAUAAAAUAGAAAGAAGACCCUGAAGAGAGGGAUCGGGAAAUUAAGAGAAAAACAUUGUAGCAAUUGAGAGUUGAACUUGUAAUCAAACUUGAGAAUUAAUAUAUAAGAACUGAUCUUCUCGGACUGUGUUGAGGAUGAUUUUCUUUAGAUUAAACCAGUUUAUCUUCACUUUCUUGUCAUCUGGAUCCACUCCACUUGUUGUCUGACUCAUUAAAGCCCAGUUUUCCAAUUUAUUUUCUACAAAUUCAUUGUAUUGGGUUCUUUGGGCCUAAGUUCAUACUUCCUUGGGCUUGGGAGCCAAAUUGUGUCCUUACAAUUAUUAUUGAUAGAAUUUUACUUUAUCUUAAUUUAA